AUGUUGGGCCCAGCUGAUGUCGAGGAUCUGCUCGACUUCAGUGAUGUGCUCCUCAGCUCCUUGCCACAUGGUGAAGGUCUCAAGCUCAAUCUUGUGGUACACACGGGAGGGGAUGCCACUCAGUACGCAUACCUCCCCGUCCUCUCCCCAUCCAUCGUGGCUGCCUGUCAAGGCCAGAUCCAUGCAUUCGACUCUCAGGAUCUCAUCGAUGUCUACAUCCCAGACGGCCCUGAGACUGUCCUCUACCGUUGCAAGCAGCAGCUGUGCCCAAAUCGGACACCCCGAUCGAUCGAGGAGGAUCACCCUCGUUACAAGGCAAUCAGACGGGCUCAACACCCCCUUGGCCCCCACAGCACCCUCGCAUCUCGAUCCACCUCGCGGCAUUCUCGCCCUGUCUCCCCCAGCUCCCGACUUCCUCAAACUGUCGUCGCCGAUCCAAGUCAAGUGCGAGGAGAUCUCCCUCCAGGCCCUGCGCCAGAGCCUGAGCCUGAGGAGAGUGCGAGUGAAGAAGGAAUCUCGGAGUCCGAGUCCGCGGAUCCUGCUUGGCCCGCCUCGCCAACAGCGCUCGCCCCUGUGCUAGCAGUCGCUGACAGGCCGCUCGAGCACUCGUUCCUCUUGAAGUUCGACCAGCGGAAGGCCACCACAGCCGCCUCCGCCCCUGCAACGUCCUUCGUCCCCCCCAACGCCGAUAAUGUCGUUCCCUGCAGCCGCCCCCGACAAGGAGACUUUGAAGCUUCUCCUCCCCUCCGAUACGAUGGCAAAACAGUCAUCGAAUGCAACCGGUUCCUGUCGCAGCUGCGCAUCUACUGGCUGGUCAACACGUCGUUGACCACCAUCGAGCUUAAGGUGCAGGUCACACUCAGCCUGCUCGAUGGAGAUGCCCGCACCUGGGCCACUCCCUACUUUGCCCAGCUCGCAUCGGUGCAGGUGGGUGUGCAAGGGGCCACGACCCCGUUCGCAAACGAAGCGGCCUUUGCCGCCGCCUUCAGGGCCCGCUUUGGAAAUCUCGACGACGAGGCAGCAGCACAAGUAGAGCUGGCAAAGCUAUGCGUGGACAAGUCGGUCCAUGAAAAACGCACCGCUGCGGAGUUCUCCACGCUGUUCAAGGGUCCGGCGGAUCGCUCUGGGUAUGGGGACCUGGAGCUACGCGACAA